AUGGACGCUUCUAUAGCUGGAACCGCGUUAACAAACAUUUGUAAUAUUCCAAAUACUAUUGGUGUGUUUUCAAGAGCCAUCAUUGGCAUAGAGACUGAUAUGCAAUCCACUGAAAGAGUCCUUCAAUUAAACAAAUUAAGAGAAGAAGAAUCUGAAAGUAUUAAAGCUAAUUAUGUUAUACCACCAAAAACAUGGCCUUCAACUGGUUCCGUUGAAUUUAUCGAUUUCAAAUUUAAAUAUCGACGAGGACUUCCAAUGAAAUUAAAAGGUAUAAAUGCAAAAAUAGAGUCAAAAGAAAAAAUUGGAAUUGCGGGACGUACAGGGAGCGGAAAAUCUACUCUGAUGGCAGGAAUCCUACGAAUUGAGGAAGCUUACUCUGGUCAAAUAAAAAUUGAUGGAAUCGACAUUUCAACAAUUCCACUUGAUAUAUUACGAAAACAAAUUUGUAUUUUACCACAAGAAGCUACUUUGUUUAGUGGGUCUUUAAAAUACAAUUUAGAUCCAAGAUACGAAAUGACAGACGAAAAAUUAAAGAACGUGUUAAAUAGAGUUGAAUGUACAAAUGGACUUCAUGAUCGAGUGGCAGAAGGAGGGGAUAAUUUUUCUUUGGGUCAAAGACAAUUAUUAUGUUUGGCGAGAGCACUUUUGAAUGGUUCUAAAUUACUGAUUAUGGAUGAAGCAACUGCAAAUAUCGACAUUCAAACAGAUAAAAAUAUUCAAGAAAUGAUCAGAACAAACUUUAACGAUGUAACCGUGAUUACUGUUGCACAUCGAUUACAAACUAUCAUGGACGCAGACAGAGUAAUGGUAUUUGAUAAUGGAAUGUUAAAAGAAAUGGAAACUCCAUACAAUUUGAUACAAGACGAAAAAUCAAAAUUUAACUGA